UCUGUGUCCCGGAUGAGGCUCAGACCUCCUGCUAGCCCACGGCUAGCUGCGGAGCUACCUCUGCGCCCAGUCACCCGGUAACGGGUUGAACUUCCGGUCAAGCGAACGGGCGGUUUCGUUUGUUUCAGUAAACAUCCGGGUUAGCAGAGAAGCUAACGUGUUAGCUUAGUAUACGGCAGAGUCAGCUAAUGAUGCCAGCUAGGAGCUGAUUAUGCUAAGCUAAUGGUGCUAACUAGGAGCUUAUGAUAACAUGACGACAUCUCUUCUGAUGUCACUCCGCUGCUCACUGGCUGGAGGGAACCGAGAGCGCGGGGAGGACCGCAGAGGUUACCCCGUAAGGCAAAGGGGAAGGGCAGGCGUCAGAGAGGCGGAGAGGAAGACACGAUCACAACGUUCAGAAUACAUGAAGGAUCCUUCAAGGGGCCGGGAAGGGAGGAGCAUCGGCUCGAGGCUCACGGGCUGAGGCAGCGGGUUGAUAACGGGAGAGCAGGGGCAUGACGUCAUGAGGGCCUCAAGCUCACAGCAGCAAGGAAAACAUCAGGUCCGCGGGUGAUCAGGUGUGUUGGAACCACAGCAGGAUGCCCAUCCCCCCCCCACCCCCCACCACCUUCAGCCAGGAGGAGGCCGCGGGGCGCGGCGCUCUGCUGACGGACAUCUGUCACGGCGCCAGGCUGAAGCAGGUGGCGGUGGUGAAGGACCGCAGCGCGCCGCUGCUCCACAGUAAGAGCCCAGAGCGCCCCUCAGAACACCCAUACGUCCGCUUAUACCAGUACCUGCACCACCAGCAGGGGGCGCCGUCUGAGGAGCAGCACCAAGCCGCCCCCCAGAACGGUUCUUCAGGACGUUCUCCUUCCACUCGAGCUGCAGCACCCCGCCCCCCCAGCCAUCGCCAUGACGACCCAGAGAGCCCCUCCCCUCAGAUGACGUCUCCCACGGAGACCGGUCCCCCCCAGCGCCCCUCCCCCUCCCCCAGCAUGAAGCACUCUUCCUCCGCCCCCCCACCUCCACAUCUCUGUCGCCGCGGUAACGCCCCUUUGCCUCCUUACAGCAAAGAGAAGCCCCUCCCCCUGACCCCACCACUCCCCUCCAAACCUCCCCCGUCUCCUAGCAACAGCAGACGUCCUCCCACCUCAGGGGGCAACCCCCCUUCUUCCUCUUCCCUGGCCCCGCCCCCUCCCCUGUAUCGUCAGAGCGGUGGCGAGGCGGCGCCCGAGCUACCGCAGCGUCACAACGCCCUCAGCGACCAGAGGGCCGCCCCCUCCACUGGAGGCCACACCCCCACCAGAGGUCCCGCCCCUCCUCUCCCCCCGGCCUCCCCCACCCCCUCCCCCUUCAGUGAGACGCCGGGUCGAGGAGCAGCCCCUCCUGUUCCGGUGCAGCCAUCGUUGUUGAGGCCAGGUGGCAGAGAAGCUCCGCCCCCGCCUCCCUACAAGCCUCACGGUAGCCCCUCCCUCUCCUCCGACCCCCCCGCUAGAGGAAGACCUCCUCCUCCGCCCACCGGCACCCCCGCUGCUCCUCCCCCACCUCCACCUUCUCUCCACAACGGACAUUCCCCCUCUUCCUUCUCCGCCCCUCGCUCGUUUGUCGAUGAUUUUGAGUCCAGGUAUUCGUUUCAUCGUCUGGACGACUUUCCUCCUCCAGAGGAGCAGCGACACCUCCUCAAGGUGUACCCCAGCCAGGCCAGCAGAGUGAUGAGAGGAGCUCCUCCACUGCCUCCUGUUGGGAGGUGAACCAUGAGACGACAUUACCACUGGAACACACACACUCUCACACACACACACACACACACACUCCGCUCCAUCCUGUUUGAUGACAUCGCAUCUGCAGCAUCCAGCUUUGCCCUCAUUGACGCCUCAUCUUCGCUCUCUUGUGAUUGGCCGAGGAAAGGUCACAUGUCUUCAGAGUGAUGAAGAGGAGCAGAGAGCAGUGAUGGACUGAUGCAGAGCAGUGAGGAGGCGAUGAAGAGGAGCAGAGAGGAGGUGAUGAAGAGGAGAAGUGAGGGAUACAAAUAUUUAACAUAAGAUAACUAACCAUAUUUUAGCUGUGAAUAACGUUUACAUUAGAUUUCUGAAUCCACAUUUAACAACUGUUGUUCUUAUUAUUAUUAUUGUUUUUGUUAUUGUUGUUAUUAUUAUACAUAUUUCCAUAUCCAUGUUUUUUUAUCGAAAGUUACAUUUAUUUCUUGGUUUUGUUUGAUCGAUGAUGUCAUCAAUAGAAAGUGAUGUAAUAUUAUUCGGACUUAAUGAGUCCAGUUGAA